CGCGGCCGCUUCGUAUUUCAUGUCGGCUCCUCGUUCUCUGGGGUGCCGCUCUACUUCUGGUGUCUGUAAACACCGAGGCCAGCGGAGCGACUCCUCGCUGCUGGGGAAGCGGCUGUCGGAUGACUCGAGCCGCCACCGGCUGUUGCAGAAGUGGGCGAGCAUGCUGAGCGCGGACGCGUCGGAGCGGGAGCCGGAGCCGGAGCCGGAGCGGGAGCGGCGCGAGGAGGAGGCCGAGGCCUGGGAGUACCCGCUCGUGUUCCUGUGCGGGCGCUGUCGCCUGCCGCUCGGCGACUCGCUCAGCUGGGUGGCCGGCCAGGAGGACACCAACUGCAUCCUGCUGCGCUGUGUCUCCUCUAAUGUCUCUGUGGACAAGGAACAGAAACUGUCCAAGUACAAAGAUGAAGAUGGUUGUGUUCUUGAAACUUUGUCUUGCACCGGUUGCUCCCUCAGCCUUGGCUAUGUGUACAGAUGCACUCCCAAGAAGCUGGAUUACAAGAGGGACUUGUUCUGCCUCAGCGUUGAAGCCAUUGAAAGUUACAAUUUAGGGUCCUCUGAAAAGCAAAUUGUGUCAGAAGACAAGGAGCUUUUCAAUCUUGAAAGCAGAGUCGAAGUAGAGAAGUCUCUAAAACAGAUGGAAGAUGUCCUGAAAGCCUUGCAGAUGAAGCUGUGUGAGGUUGAAUCAAAGCUGUCCUUUGCCAGCCACAGCAGCUGAGCUGUGUUCCGUACCCCCACAUGCCCCACCCUUGUUCCUAACAAACUUUGUGUCUGUAUUUUAAGGUAAAGAGGUAACUGUUCCUCGUAUGUGAAUUUUAAAUGUUGAAAUGGAAUUUGGGAAUUUUUAUUUUGACAAAAAAUUGGGGUGCUUUUCUGAGUCUUUUUCUGUUAGAUUCAUUCUUGUCUUAUGUAUUCAUUGUAUGGAAAUAUGUGUUCAUUGUGUGUAUGUAUUCGUUGUACUUUUCUAUUUUUAAAACUUUGUUACUUUGAAUACUUUGGAUAUUUACGAGUGAGUAGAGAGAAAAUCUUAAUAGUUUUUCUCAUUUCCUUUGUAGUGUAGCCUUUGCAAAUCAGUGCUUAAGCCUCUGGAAGAACAGUGGUUGAUCUGUUAGAAUGAUUUACAGCUUUGUGUAGAAUAAAGAGCCAUCAGUGAGUGAGAUUCCACCUUGCUGUGCACUACUUUGUGCUUAAAGAGCUGGGAAGGAUACUUGCCCAAGAGCCCAAUCUCUGGGUAAGAUUUUAAUGGAAUAUAUUAAGUUGAUAUUUUUUUCGUAAUGUAAAAAUUUUAUAAGGAAUUUGUAUUAAUUUUUAUA